CGGAUGUUCCCCAGUAGCGAAUAACGAGCAGCAGUGUGUGAAUGUGGCAAUCGAGGUUGACAGGGAGGGGUAGAAAGACUGACCGGACCGGGCAUUUCUUUUCUAUUUGGGGUAUUUUCUGUAUUUUUUAUUUUUGUUCUUUUAUGCAGAGCCAGGGGUUGACACUUUAUAUCACGCCGCGGUUGUUAACUUGUUCGGCGGAAGCUUGCUAGCCGGUUGCUGCUUUUCUUUGGGACUAACUGUGCUGUCGCUGUGAAAACAGUCCAGAAGAAAGGAGGGGGAAAAGCAGAAACAACAUGGGGCGAUAAUAUUUAAAAAAAAAUGUGUUGUGGACCGACGAUGACUCUCUGGGAGGACCGGUGAAGCCUAUUUAUUUUUUAUUUAUCCCUCUCCUUUGUGUCCCGUUUUGUUUUUAAGAACAUCUCCUCGUUAGUUUGAGGGGAAUUUUGUUUUAAAGAGGAACAAGCAGCGUUUUAAAGAGGAUAAAGAUGGACCAAGCCGGCAUCCUGAGAAAGUUUAUCCAAGGGGUAAAGGCCAUGAGCGAAGGAGACGAGGAGAGAGGAGAGGACAACUUCGGCAGCGACUUUAUGCGCUUACGGCGGCUAUCGACAAAGUACCGCACAGAGAAGAUCUACCCGACCAACAUAGGAGAGCGGGAGGAGAACGUGAAGAAGAACAGAUAUAAAGAUAUACUGCCAUUUGACCACAGUAGAGUAAAACUGACAUUAAAAACAACCAAUCAGGACACAGAUUACAUCAACGCAAACUUCAUCAAGGGUGUGGACGGCCCGCAUGCCUACAUCGCAACUCAGGGUCCGCUGCCGAACACGGUCAUUGACUUCUGGAGGAUGAACUGGGAGCACAAAACAGCUGUUAUUGUGAUGGCUUGUCGAGAAUUUGAGAUGGGAAGGAAAAAGUGCGAGCGGUAUUUUCCAAGGCUACACGAGGAGCCCCUGACUUUCGGCCCCUUCAAAAUCUCUUGUGAAUCGGAGCAGUCCAGAACAGAUUAUUGUAUAAGGAUUUUGAUGGUGCAGUAUAAUAAUGAGACUCGGAGGAUAACUCAGUUCCAUUACACCAACUGGCCUGAUCACGACGUCCCGUCAUCAUUCGACUCCAUACUAGAUAUGAUCGGACUAAUGAGAGAGUACCAAGAGAACGACGACGUCCCUAUAUGUAUUCACUGCAGUGCAGGCUGUGGGAGGACGGGUGCUAUUUGUGCGAUUGACUACACAUGGAACCUCCUGAAAGCUGGGAGAAUUCCAGAAGAUUUUAAUGUUUACAAUUUGAUCCAAGAGAUGAGGACGCAGCGGCACUCUGCUGUCCAAACAAAGGAACAGUACGAGUUGGUUCACAAAGCAAUCUCUCAGCUCUUUGAGAAACAGCUGCAGAUCCUGGAGAGUCCCACCAACUCGCAGAUACACGAUGGCAUGAGUGAAAGCAGUCCUGACAAAGCAAGCCACCCAUCAGAUGAUGAAAGAUGGGACACGCCACCGCCAAAACCACCUCGCAUACGCAGUCCCCAGAUCGAAGGUGACGUUAAGGAAGAGAUUCUCCAGCCCCCUGAAGCUCACCCCGUCCCCCCUAUUCUCACGCCGUCUCCCCCGUCGGCAUUCCCCACCGUCACCAACGUACGGCAGGACAACGACCGCUACCAUCCCAAACCUGUCAUACAUGUCCUGGCUACGGCGCAGCGYAAUGCCACACAGAAUCCUGAUGUGGACCAGGAGCAGAACCAGUCGGAACCCGCUAUGACCCAAAAAACGACCCCCCCUGAGCWGAAAAAUCUAGACCUACUGAGCAAGAACCAGCAGACUCAGGUGUCGAAUCUGGAUCUGAACGAGAACUACAGCAACAAGCCCACCCUGACAUCCACUCAGUCGGAAUCAGGCCAAAGCCAGACCCAGACGCCGUCCUCGCCCCUCUCCCCGGCCGUCGACUGUUCCGGUGCUCCCCGGAUCGAGAGGAAGCUGAGCAUCGAGAUCAAGAAGGUGCCACUGCAGGAAGGCCCACGCAGCUUCGAYAGCUCCUCCUCGGCGGGGGCGGCGGGCGGACUGAGCACCGGCUCCAGCAACAGCAGCUCGGCGCUUCAGAGAGUCCACGCCUUCAAGUCCCGCUCCGGUCAGACGGCGCUGACGUCGAGCUCCUCGCUGUCGGAGGACUCUGGCACGGAGGGGAGCGCGGGCGGGUGCGGGGAGAGUCGCGCCGACGGGGGCAUCCUGACCCGACCGAACCACCUUCCCGUGAAGAAGGAAGUGAAGAAGGCGCGGGAAGAGGAAACAGCGGACGUGAAACCCGCCCACGCCGUGUGGAUGGAGCCGUGCAACAGCCCUGACAAACUCUUCCCCAAGACUUCCUCCUCUUCCUCCUCCUCAGACAGAGUCGCCCCGUCCUCCUCGUCCUCCUCGCACCUCUUGUCGUCSUCCUCCUCCUCCUCUUCCUCCACCCCCGUAAGGACUGCUCUCAGUUUCACCAAUCCCUUACACUCGGAUAACUCGGACGAGGAGGGGAACGGAGAGAUGCCCGAAGGAAAGGAGAGUUAUCUUACAAACAUAUCCACGAUGACCACCACCACGGUCACCGCCUCCUCUCAUCCUGAGAACCAGCAGCUGGUCAGGAAGGUGGUGUCCAUGUCCAUCGCAGGACAAACCACUCCCCUGCCCUCUACWCACACAGCAAACCCUCUGGAAGUGAAAAUGUCAGCCUCAGCUGGAUGGAUGAAUUCCCAAAAAGAUGUGUUGGACUGUGAUAAGACGUCUCCAGAUGAUCCUGGGUCUGCUGGCAGUACAAGAGCAGAUAGCCAACCAGAUCUGGGUGGGGUUCGGUAACCGCUGCAUUCAACCCCGAGGCCCUCGAGAUCGUCCCUCAGAGUGGACAUGAUGGAACGAUCUUUCCAAAACAAUAAUAAAAAACACAUACGCCCUGUCUCAUCAGGAUCAGACUCCCACCUGGCUACUCUGCGAGCCAAGAUGGAGAAAACGUCACUUCUGUGCGAUUGUGUGCAAAAUAUCCUCAUUCCUCCUUUCAAAGUGCCGACAGGCCACUGGUUGAGACGUUUCCACUUCACAUCCAAGCUUUCCCUCCUCUGUAUGACUGGACAUGGCUACACGCUGACCUGGGAACAGCUGUUGUUGUUAAACCUGCUUGUUAAUUGUAACGGGGUGUUGGGGGGGUUGAUAUUAGGCUAAGACACAUCACUCAAACUUCUACCUUUUUUUGUUUGGUUUUUUUACACUAAACUUAAGCCAAAUGAGAGGAAGGCGAUGUAAUCAGCUCAGCUGGAGCGGGAGGCAAAUUCCUACAGUUGUUUGCUGCCUCCCACUGAACGAACAACAAUCUUUAAAGCGAACUUAGAUAAUCUUUCACCCGUGAUGCAACCUUCUCAUAAAGAGGUUGCCCGGGGUGCUUUCUGUCUUUGUUUGUCUAUUUUUAUGUGCCGAUCAUUACAAAAGAUCAUAAUAGAAACAGGAGUGCUACAGCCGGCAGUUAUCAUCUGUAUGUUAUACCAGCKCUAGUAUUUUCAAUUUCUGUACUCUUGCCAGAAUCACAUGCUAACGGGAUUAGGUCCUUCUUAAUAAAUGAGCUUAUUCAUCUAGUAA